AUGGCUGCCGCCUCGUCGAAAAUCCCCAUCAUAGAUUUCUCCGUGGCAGGCCUAGAGCCAGGCACCAGUUUAUGGUUCUCUACAUGUCAACAAGUUUGCAAUGCUCUCGAAGAGCACGGCUUUUUCGAAGCCAUUUACAGUCAUGACAUGUUUCUUCCUAAUCUUCAUAAGAAAAUAUUUGAUGUGGUUAAAGAACUUUACGAUCUCCCCACAGAAAUCAAGAAAAAAAAUCGCAGCAGGCCUGGUCGUGACUACUACUCUGAUAACCAGUUACACGAAGGAAUGGGUAUCGAUAGCGCAGACACUCUACAAGGUGUUCAAAACUUCACCACCCUUAUGUGGCCUAAUGGAAAUCAUCAAUUCAGUGAAAAUGCAUACAAAGUGACAAACAUCAUAAAGACAUUAGAUCAGAAGGUGGUGAGAAUGGUGCUUGAUUAUUAUGGUACAGAGAAGCAGUAUGAUUCUCUCAUAAAAUCAACAAAUUAUACUCUGCGCGAAGCACUCAUAGUAUGGAGUAAUGGCAAAAUUCGUCCUGCUCCUCAUCAAGUCAUAGCUAAUGGAGACAAAGAAAGAUACUCAAUUGGAUUAUUUAUGUUUAAUGAAGGGGUGAUUUGUGUGCCAGAUGAGCUUGUUGGCCACAAAACUCCUCUGCGAUACAAGCCACUUGAUCAUCCCGACUAUGUUAAACAGGUUAUGUACUUUGCCGAGAAGAAGAUGGAAUAUCCUGUAGAAGAGUAUUGUGGUAUUUAA